UCUCUCUCUCUCUUGCUGGCCUUGCAGCUGUGCCACUGUGACAAUCUCUGCUUGUAUGUCAGUCUUUCUCUGUCUAUCUCACUCUAUAUUCCUGAAAUUUGCAUCGCUCCUCAGAUCAGAUCAGCAGGUGGUUUUCGGGCGGGUUUCACUGUUAGGCGAGGAAAUUGAACGAAAAGGGUCGGGAGACGGAAAAAAGAGCCAAGUGGUGAAAGAAGGAAUAUAAUGUGGAAGUUGAAGAUCGCGGAUGGGUCAAACCCCUGGCUGCGCUCUGUAAAUGGACAUGUUGGUCGCCAAGUCUGGGAGUUUGAUCCUAACCUUGGAUCGCCCGAAGACCUUGCGGAGAUCGAGAAGCUCCGAGAGCAAUUCCGCAAUCAUCGUUUUGAAAAACAGCAUUCAGACGAUCUUCUCAUGAGAUUUCAAUUCUCAAAGGAGAAACCGAACCCUGUGGAUCUGCCCCAAGUAAAAGUGACAGAUAUAGAAGAAAUAACAGCGGAUACAGUAACCCAUACAUUGAGGAGGGCCGUUGGCUUCCACUCAACUCUGCAGGCUCAUGAUGGCCAUUGGCCAGGAGACUAUGGAGGUCCCAUGUUUCUAUUACCUGGCCUGGUUUUUACAUUAUCUAUUACUGGAGCAUUAAAUGCUGUAUUGUCAAAAGAGCACAGGCGAGAGAUCUGCCGAUAUCUUUACAAUCAUCAGAAUAGAGAUGGUGGAUGGGGUCUGCACAUUGAAGGGCCAAGCACCAUGUUUGGAUCUGUUUUAACCUAUGUCACUUUACGGUUACUGGGUGAAGGAGCGAAUGAUGGAGAUGGAGCAAUGGAGAAAGGUCGAGACUGGAUUUUGGAUCAUGGCGGGGCUACUAAGAUAACAUCAUGGGGAAAGAUGUGGCUAUCAGUACUCGGGUGUUUUGAAUGGUCUGGAAAUAAUCCAUUGCCACCUGAGAUAUGGCUUCUUCCCUAUUUUCUUCCAAUUCAUCCAGGCAGAAUGUGGUGCCAUUGUCGAAUGGUUUAUCUGCCAAUGUCCUAUUUAUAUGGGAAAAGGUUUGUUGGUCCACUAACACCCACAGUAUUGUCUUUGAGGAAGGAAAUUUACACAACUCCUUACCACGAAAUAGAUUGGAAUCAUGCUCGUAAUGAGUGUGCAAAGGAAGAUCUGUACUACCCACACCCUCUUGUACAGGACAUACUAUGGGCGACACUUCACAUGGCUGUGGAGCCUGUUUUGACACGUUGGCCUGGGAAGAAGCUCAGAGAUAAGGCUCUGCGCACUGUUAUGGAGCAUGUACAUUAUGAAGAUGAAAAUACACGUUACGUAUGUAUAGGCCCUGUAAAUAAGGUGUUAAACAUGCUUUGCUGUUGGGUGGAAGAUCCAAAUUCAGAAGCUUUCAAGUUACAUCUUCCAAGAGUAUAUGAUUACCUAUGGGUUGCAGAGGAUGGCAUGAAAAUGCAGGGAUACAAUGGCAGUCAGUUGUGGGAUACUGCCUUUACUGUUCAAGCCAUAUUGUCGACAAAACUUGUAGAAGAAUUUGGCCCAACUUUGCAAAGAGCACAUACAUACUUAAAGAAGUCACAGGUUUUAGAUGAUUGCCCUGGAAAUCUAGAUUAUUGGUACCGUCACAUUUCCAAAGGUGCCUGGCCAUUUUCAACUGCAGACCAUGGCUGGCCUAUUUCGGAUUGCACUUCAGAGGGACUGAAAGCAGUUCUACUGCUGUCAAAGUUACAGUCCGACAUUGUUGGUGAACAACUGGAUGCGAAGCGGUUAUAUGAUGCUGUGAAUGUAAUUUUUUCAUUACAGAAUGCUGAUGGAGGAUUCGCUACAUAUGAAUUGACAAGAUCCUAUAGUUGGUUAGAGUUAAUCAACCCUGCUGAAACUUUUGGGGACAUUGUCAUUGAUUAUCCGUACGUCGAAUGUACCUCAGCUUCUAUUCAAGCAUUAGCAGCAUUCAAGAAAUUGUAUCCUGGGCAUCGGAGAGAAGAAGUGGAACGAUGUAUUGAUAAAGCUGCUAAAUUCAUUGAGAAGAUUCAAGCAGCUGAUGGCUCCUGGUACGGCUCGUGGGCAGUAUGCUUCACUUAUGGAACAUGGUUUGGGGUGAAAGGUCUUGUGGCAGCUGGGAGAAGCUAUAAUAAUUGCCCUGCCAUUCGCAAGGCUUGUGAUUUCCUGUUGUCUAAACAGCUUCCUUGUGGUGGAUGGGGAGAAAGUUAUCUUUCAUGUCAAAACAAGGUGUAUUCAGAUCUAGAAGGGAGAAGAUCUCAUGUGGUGAAUACAGGGUGGGCUAUGUUGUCUCUCAUAAGUGCAGGACAGGCAGAGAGAGAUCCAUUGCCAUUGCACCGUGCAGCAAAGGUUCUCAUAAACUCUCAAUGUGAAAAUGGAGAUUACCCGCAACAGGAGAUCAUGGGAGUCUUCAACAAGAAUUGCAUGAUCACAUAUGCCACCUACAGGAAUAUAUUCCCCAUCUGGGCUCUCGGAGAAUAUCUCACCCAGGUUCUUCAACCCAAGGAAUGAAUAAGAUCUUCACACAACGAAGAUGUUUCCUUUCUUUCAUCUUAAUCAUAAUUGAAACGUCGCUGGUCUUCAUCGUCCUUUCUAUUGCCAAUCUUGAAUUAGUUCCUAACUUUGGUUGAAAGUAGUGGGAUGCAUUCUCAUUCUCUGUUCUCUACUUUGUCAUGAUAUUGGUCCCCAUUUUUUAACUCAAAAGUAGGAACAAAGUGAUACUGGUUUUACGACUAUUAUGGAUGGAGAAUGCCUCAUUGUUUGUGUUGGCCUUU